UAUCAGUGGGCGAGGUGAGGUGUCUGUUUCAUGUUGUAUUAAGUUAGGAAGACAAGUUUUAUUAUUCUUCGUGUUAAAACUUAGAAUUUGUGUGAAUAUGCAGUGAAAUUGUUAUUGUACUUUUGGUACACAUAUAGAUUUAUUAUGUAACAAAUACAGAGUACCUUUGUGGCUACACUAAUGAUGGUUGAACAGCGUAUAGCAACUUUUUUACAUCAUUUCAUAUUAGAGGAAUAGAAAUAUUCAAGUGCAUGCCAAAUGUGUCAAUGGGCACCGCUAAUAGCGGCUGGCGGGGGUCGAGGGUGGUCCGCUAUCUCUUGCUUCUGGUGCUCGCUUUGGUGGCAAUGGAGUACCUCUUCGGCUCCAUUUUGGAUGCCUCUGUCUUGAGGUCCAUCCGUCACCUGCACAACGACUCGCAAUCUUCUUUCUAUGCCAUGAGAUUUAAUUGGGCUAAACAAAUGACGAAGACAACUCAAGAUAAAAACAACGAAGCUGAAAGCGUUACUGUAAAUAAAACUAUAGAUAUAAAUAUAGACAACGAGGCGACUGAAAAAGACAAUACCAUAUAUCUGGCUUCGAGGAUUGAAGAAGGAUUAACAAAUAAAACAAUAGAAAAGCUUAUUUCUAAUACGACCGAACCACCGCUACCUCUUUGUGAAGAAAGUCCUUCUGAUCUAGGUCCAAUUAUGGCAAAUAAAACUGAAUUACAGCUAGACUACGUUGAAACAAAGUAUCCAGAGGUUGAUCCUGGUGGGCUGUAUGCACCACCGAAUUGCACUGCUAGGCAUAGGGUAGCUAUUAUUGUACCCUACAGAGAUCGAGAGCAGCAUUUGGCCGUAUUUUUGAAUCACAUUCAUCCAUUCUUAAUGAAACAACAAAUAGAAUAUGGAAUAUUUAUCGUAGAGCAAUAUGGUAACAAAGCAUUUAAUAGAGCGAAGUUGAUGAACGUAGGUUUCGUGGAGAGUCAGAAACAAAAGGCGGGUGGGUGGCAAUGCUUUAUAUUCCACGACAUAGACCUGCUGCCGUUGGAUCAGAGGAACUUAUACCAUUGUCCAGAACAACCCAGACAUAUGUCUGCCUUGAUAGAUAAAUUUCACUAUAAGUUACCUUAUAAAGAUAUAUUUGGAGGAGUAUCGGCCAUGACAGUAGAACAAUUCACAAAAGUAAACGGAUUCUCCAACAAAUAUUGGGGUUGGGGCGGAGAAGACGAUGACAUGUUUCGCAGGUUAAAUAAAAUGAAUUACCAUUUAACGAGAUACGACGACUUAUCAAUAGCGAAAUACGCCAUGUUGGAGCACAAGCCUUCGGUAGCAAAUCCUAAGAGAUACCAACUGUUAACGCAGACUAGUAAAAUUUUAAAGAGUGAUGGACUCUCGACUCUCGAAUACAAGCUCGUAAAGGUAACCCAACAUCAUCUGUAUACGCUUAUCGUCGCCAAUAUAGAUGAGCCCAGCUGAUGGCAGUAUUUCGUCAAACUUUUGUUUGGCGAACGAUAACCAACACGCAAUUAUGCCAUGCCCAUGUGCUGUCAUUGUUAUGCUGUAUACAUGGAGAGGCUGUAUGCCGUGGCAUUUUGUGCCUAAUUGAUUUUCACCACUUUGGCGUUGAUGCGCGGUUAGUAGCGGUGGUGAAGAUUCCAACUAAUAAUUGAGAUAGAAUAAACUAUCAGAUCAUAAACAGGCGCGUUUAGAUUGAAAAGAAGUAAAAACUGUCGUUUUCAAGCAGCGACCUAUUCUUCUAUAUGUCAGUGAAGCACAUCCAGAGUGUUAACGUUAAAAGUUUCCUAGUGAUAAUCUCCUUGAAGUUGUGAACGAGAUUUUUUGUUGCAGUUAAAGACUUUAGAAAGCAAAUAUUCUAGCGUGUUUUUUACAUUAAUGUUAC